AUGGAAGAAAACGUCUACAAGGAGGCCUGUAGGGUCUACAACUCCAGCAACGGGGAGGCCAGUAAUGACUACGAGGAGGCCUGUACGGUCUCUCCGCCGAAGGUCUCUCCGCCGAGGAUAGGGAAGGCUCCUGGCCCGAACCCAGCACCAAGUAUGUCAGGGGUUUCAGGAGAGCCAGGUUCGUCCGAGUCUAACGACAAGCGCCAAGCCGCCGACCCCGGACCUGCCUCUGCUGAGACCGCUGGGUUCGGUAUGAGCAGCCCUGGUCAGUCCCGAGUCUGGACCAGCGCCAUGUUGAAAACCUACGCUGUGGUGACAAUGGUCCUGAUUUGCUGUCUGCUGGGAGUUACCAUCUUUCUGGCUGUGACGGUGUCUGACCUGAAGCUAACAGUCAGGAAGCUCGACCAGAAGACAACUGAUGAUCUGUCGGGCCUGAAACUGGCAUUCAACAAGGUCAACAAGAAGGCAGAUGGAAUCCUGGCAAACGUCUCUGAAUGGAUGCAACAGGCAAUGGAAAAGGACGUGUCGGAAAGGCUGGUUGGAAGUGAGAAAGCUCUGACCCACCUAUCAGGGACAUGCCCGGGCAGUUACAAGAAAUACCAUGAAGUCUGCUACAAGGCAUUUUACAUUCGGAAGUCAUUCUCCGAAUCGGCCGAGACCUGUCGGGCUGACGGAGGCACCCUCGCCAUGCCCCGCGACGCCGGUACCGACGACUUCCUCGUCUCCCUGGUGAAACCGGCAUUCGACUUCAGCUAUUGGAUCGGCUUACACCAACAGGAAGACAGCUGGGAGUGGAUAGACGGCACCGCUCUCGGGACCGGCUACAACCGGUGGGGCGACAAUGAACCGAACGACGUUAGACGAGAAGACCGGGUAGCCAUGGUCGGCUGUGUGGCAGGGGCUUAG